AUGAAUAACCAGCCCCGGCUUCUAUCAAGGCCCAUGCCGCAGAAAUGGCCCGGGAUAUCAGUGUCGGAGUGGCUGUCGAAUUGGCACAAACAAGACCGGUUGACAAAGGACGCCCAGAUUGCCAGACUAGUCAAGCUCGCAUCUUCAUAUGAUCCACAGUCAGAAAAGUGGACGCCAGAAGGGAGCGCCCUUGCCUUCCGGCAACUUGAAAUGCUAUCGGAGUCCGAUCCGCAGGUACUUGAAGGAUGGCUCUCGAUUGCACAGCGUCGGCGCGAGCGCGAAUUCGAGACCAUCCUAACCAAGAGAGAACAACGAACUACCCUAGAGAAUCGUGCAGGGGAGACUGGGGAUCCGCUACCCAGGGACCAGAAGGGGGGAUGGACUAUACUUGGCGACGGUCUUCGCUAUGAUGAUAUCCCUCUUACGGCCCCCAACGAUCUUACCUUUAUGACUGAGAACCCCCGCUUUCUUGGGCCGCCACCUGAAUAUUAUAGUGGCUUUGAAUCUGCCUGCCGUCAAGGCUCUCUUGCAACAGCGCAAUCUAUCAUCGCUUCCGAAGCCCUCACAACCACCCCCGCUUUCCUUCACCAUGGUCUAUGCCUUGCUCUGAAGGCUGGCAAUGUGGAAACUGCACGUUAUUUUCUCGCUACCGGAGCACCUAUCGUCCGGAAAACUCCAAAUCAUAUCCUUUCUGCCCCAGAAGACCAGCAGAUUUCCCUCUUCGAGCUCUUAGUUGACUAUGGCUGGACGCCAAAUACCCCUGGGACAUGGGGGGCUGUUCUACUACCUUCUAUUGUGACCAACCACUCCCUCCUCCGGUGGUUCCUGGACCAUGGUGCUAACCCCAACCUGGGCGAGCAGGAUGAGCACCUUUAUGGCGAGCCCCUAACUGAUUCAUGCGUGGCUCUCGAGAAAAUGGCUUAUCAGGGAGAUCUCGAGGCUGCCCGUAUGCUCCUGGAUUCCGGUGCCGUGAUACAAAACGGGUUCCCCCUACAUUCAGCAGCGGGGGCUUGUCCACCUGGUGGUAACCCGCAUUCUGGCAUGGUCACCCCCAGCGAGGAGUUCGACAGAAGUAGAAUCCCCGUUAUGGCCCUUCUGGUGGAGCGCGGUGCCGAUGUGAACCAAUUCCAAGGGCCUCAAAAGGGGAACAUGGUGCCUGGAUAUGCAAUCGUCCACGCUGUCAUGGCAGGUGCAGUAGAGCGAGUCCGGUGGCUCCUGGAGAACGGAGCGGAUCCCACAGUAAAGGGACCAUGGGGAAGCGCCGUGGAGUAUGCAUGCAAGGUAGGAAGCGGAGAUAUGAGACUGGUGCUUGAAAAUGGGGUAGUCGAUAAAUUGAGCAAAAGACUAGGCGAGGCCUAA